UUAUUUACUUAUUUAAUUUUUAUUUGUUUUAAUCUGCAACUUUCACGUGAGCCGAAUACGGAAGUGAUGUAAAAAAGUUUCUCCGCCGAGAAGCACUGACGCUUUCAAGGCAGUUUGUUUUGGACGCUCAACGUUUAUCAGGAUGAAUUCUUUUGCUCAUAAAAAGACAGAGAAUGGUCUUAUCAAUAGGUACCAGACUAACCUGGAGAGACGAAUUGAGAAGGGGGAUCAAAGUUUGGUAUGCAGGGAUGAGGAACUGUGUAAGGAAGUGGAGGUGCUCCUUUGCAAUAACAAUGCCCAGAAGAUACAUAAUCUACAUGGAGUAGAUUCACUGACAGUGAUGGAAAAAUCUCUCCAUGCAUUUCCUUCUAAAACUGGCCAAAUGGGGCUUGAGAAACUUUCCAAGGCCUUUGAAGUGUUGGAGCUUGCUGCGUUAAACCUCUACGUCUUCCCCUGGAGAAGAGAGUACAGACUGGUGAAGAUGUUUUCAGGUAUGUUCACCCAUUUGAUCAAACCUGCACUGACCCUUCCGCAGGCUAAGGAGCUGUUUGGAUUGCUUGGGUACCAACCUUCAAGCCUUAAUGAAGAUGAAGAGUUGGCGCUGAACUCCAAACUAGUUCCUGCUGAUUUCUUACUCAGCCUAGCAUGUGGUUUCUUCACUGCCCGGAUGGAAUGCCAGCUGCUACUUUCCGCCUUGGGCUCUGCGCACAGAGGUGUGGAGUGGGUUCUUCAGCUAGUUAAAGAGAGGCAGGCAGGCCACAGUCUUCAGGUAGCAUUAGAGAACACCAAGAGAAAGUCAGAGGUUGCUAGUGCUUCGGAUGCCAUCCUAACAAGCGGCAUGGACACUGAGCUGGAUCUGUACACAGAGCAGGCAGAUGUGACUUCUCAAAUGACAUCCACUACUUCUUCACCACCACACUCUUCUUAUAUGCAACCAAAAGAGAUCGUUCAAAGCAAGUCUUUACAGAAAGAGCCCUUCCAGUCAGACAUGAGGAAUAAUAAGGAUGCAAAGCAGGGAAGAUCAAUCAGCAAUCCAGGUCCAAUGGAAAACUUAGAUAAAGAUCAAUCAAAAGGUGAUGCCCAGAGACAAGCAGCAGUAAACGUGAUGUGCAGCUGUAUCACUCCAGGUUGUUUAUUUAUAUACCAGUGUGAGGAAUGCAGAGAUGUUCACAGUACAUUGUGUAGCCAUUAUAAAACGUGCUGUUUCAAAGAGCAUACUUUAGUACUGUGCCCACACAAAGCUGAAGACCUGCUUAGAUUGGUCAAGGAAAAAGAUUCCCUGAAGACACAUCAUUGUAUGGCCAAUUCUACUUAUGAUUCAUUUUUGGUUUGCCACGACUGCCAGGUAAUCCAUGACCACAACUGUAAAAUUAUUAAAGUAUGCAAUUUAAAACACAAUGUGCAGCCUACAGGAAAAUUACAGCUCCCUCAAGGAGAAAGAGAGAAUGCUAAAAAGAGGCACAUAUGUCUUUCUUCUGGAGCCCCAGUAGAUGUAAUCUGCCACACCUGUAACAACUCCCAUGAUUUCCAAUGUGAAGAUUGGCAAAACUGUAUUGCGAAUGCCCAUCAUACGCAGUACUCCCAGGAAAUGGGUGAUUCAGAAACACCUUGUGCACCAAUACCAUUUCACAAUGAUUGCUUUACAGAUACACAGCCUUUGCCUGAAAUUGUAUGCCUCACUUGUAAAGCCUUUCAUUUCUCUGGGUGUCCUGAUGGACGGCAUUGCUCUCAGAAACACAAAAUACAAUAUAUCGGAAAUAAAUGCAUCACUUGCUGUGGUUCUGAUCUUGGCACAUUCUGCAAGUAUUGUGGUGCUCUGUAUUGCAAACGGUGUUGCUUUAAAAAUACCAUGUUGUGUCAGUGUGGAAAGCUUUUCAUCUCCUCUUCCUCUGUAUAACAUCUAUACACCAGUAUUGACUAUGUGUGGUUGAAGCCUGUUAUUAUUUUGCUAAUUGCACAAUCAAUCUGAAAUACUGAGGGAUAAAAACAUGACAAUCUGUUACGCUUUUGAUUUUUGAUAUCAGCAAUGUCUUGAUAAGAGCCAUAUAUUACAGAAAAGUUACAAAGCUCACUGUAGAGUUAGCCAUCACUUACAAAUUUAUAUGUCAUACAAUAACACAGCUCAUAAAUGUAUAUUAUUGGUUGAGAUUGUGUGAUGGCCAGUCCAAUAUUUGAUUCUUUGGAGAUUUAACUCAAUGUAUUCAGUUAUUUGUUUGAUGUAUUUUGGAAAAAUAUGGUUUUGGGUCUUUUUAGCAACAUUUCUAACCAAUUAUGUUGUUUAGAGUGACGUACUAUACUACCAUAUAAUUAUUAAAUAUAAUGCACAUGUUUGUUAUUGAGAUGGUUUAAUGGAAUAUAAAAAUAAAGGGAAUGAAAGAGAA